GCCGGAUGUUUCUGGUUACUUCGCAAUUUCAGUGUUGCCAAAAAGAAUCAAUUUCAGUGAGGCUGUAACAGAAAAUAACGGGCUUUAUUUUGUUGUUUUCGGCGAAUGGGCUUUACUAAAUUUUGGUAUUGUUUUAUUUCUCUUGUUUAAAUAGAAACUCUAUUACAAUUCUAUAUACACUAUUUUUGGGUACAAUUCUAUGUAUACUAAUUAUAACUAUAAUGCUGGUGGCACAAAAUAAUUACAGAAAUGGUACUAAAAUAAAUAAAUUAAAAUAUUGACCUGAGCGUCCAAAGAAUACUGUAAUUUGACCGCAAAACCGAUAAAAAGGUAGGGUGCUAAAAUAUAAAUUUAUUAUAAACACAGGGAGCUGUUUUAGUUGCUUUUAACACAUAAAUUAAAUGCCUCAAAAGAACAUUAUAAGCACAGCUCAUGGACAUUACCAAGAAACCCCAAUUACAAUUAUUAGUACGUCAAAGUUCAUUAUUAUGAAAUUAGUUAUGUUUUGAAAGAAAAAGAAAAUAUAAAAAAAAAUGAAGAAGAAACAGUAAAAAGAAGAGGGUGCUUUCGAAGACUCUUCCCUCGAAUAAACGCAAAGAAGUGACAGCCGUUAUUAAUACCGCCUGUCGUACUUUCUUCCACAGACCUAACCACACACACGACACUCUCUCUCUCUCUCUUUGCUUACGACUUCCGAGACAAAUAGAGAAUUCUUGUAAAAGCUUUUACCUUUUAGAGGAAAGAACAGUGCAGAUCUUAGAAGGGUCCGAAGACCCACCACGAAAAUAAACCAAGUAUAACCAAGUCAAAGUCUUAUUUUUACCCACAAGACAAAAAGUUAAAUUCCACAAACCCUUUUUAUUCCAUCUUCUCUCUUCUGUCUUUGCUUUGGAAGAAGUCUCCAGCUUCAUUUGACUUCAACUGUUCCAGGUUAUUUGUUUGUCUUCAUGUUCGUCUGUUUUGUGGCUUCUCUGAGAUGACUCACGUGUUGGUACGAAGAGAGAGACACGGAAGCAAAAGUAAAAGAUGGGACAUGACCAUCAAAUAUUUCUUCUUCUUCUUCUUAGUUGUCAUGUUUCAGAUAUGCUUGUCCUCAUCAUCAGCUUCUGUUGAUUCUCGUCGUCACUUCGUCUCGUCGACGCCGAGAAAGACUCUGGUGUAUGCAACGGCGCCGUUUCGUGGGGAUUUUCAUAUAGAAGAUAACAUUUAUGGAGACGACAAGAGAGUAGUUCACACCGGUCCCAAUCCUCUCCACAACUAACUUUUACGUGUUGCUAUUAUUAUCCAUUACCCUCCACACCCACCCUACGAAGGCUACAAGCAAGACGCAAACGUGAAACGCUAAUCGCGAUGCAGAGGUACCCUUAGUGUAAAAUCAAGAAUGUCAUAGAUUUUGUAAGGUAGAAUCCUCUUUUUGUAUCUCAUGGAGCAUAUAAACAUUUUAGCUUUUUGUGUAGGGCUUAGUUCGGGUAUGUGGAACUAUAUAAUGUUAGUAUUAAGAGUUUAAACUUUAAAGGUUACUCACCACUUAUUCCUUAAAUUUCAUUUUCCGUUGAAAUGUUAGUAAAAUAUGGUGUUUUUCGUUUGUUUUCUUCAUAUAAAGGAGAUUAAAUUAUCUUAUGAUCUACAUAUAUAAAGAAAAAACAAUUGAAUUGGUUAAGUACUAACCAGCGGGUAUAAUGUUGCUGUGUUUAAUAUAAUCAUCAUAACACAAUAAGUGUGUUAUUCUUCAUUUGGCGUUUUUAGCUCUUUAAGUCUCGUAUUAAUUUUCCACAUCUGCCUUCAUAAAUCCUUUUUUAUUCAACAUACACCUACCCCCUAGCGAGCAAAUGAGUUAGUAUGAAUAAUUAUCUCUUAUACUAGUAUUACUAUUACCAAUACUUGUACAGUGAUUAGAUCAAUCAACUGCUCAUCAUGACUAUUCGUUAGCACUAUUAUGUUCAACUAGAAAACUCAACGAUACAUAUGUAUAUCAAAGUAGUUUUUUUUUGUGUGGAAAAUGUUGAAUUUGAAAUCUUCAUACCAACCAUUUACAAACUAGGUCUCGAGGAACAUUGCCACCAUAGAACGUGAUACUAAGGAACAAAAACUGGACCUAUCCAACGGUUCAAAUGGGAUAGUAUAAUUGGAUUGUGGUCAUUAUUCUUUUGAUAUCAACUAAAGUUUCAACCAUAUAUAUAUAAAAUGUUCGUACAGAUUAAAUGUGAUUUUACUACCUACGCUGAUUAAAAAGAAAGGAAAAAGAAGCGAAACCUCUUCCAGAAAUGUUCACGUUCAGUGAAAAAAGAAUGUGAAAAAAAAUUAAUACAUGAUCAAAGAAAUAGUUUAUGACUUUAUUCAUAGCAUCCAUAAUUUCUCUCUGACUAGAUUCUAUUUGAACUAUUUUAAAAUUUUGUCGUAUCAUUCAUUAGUAUUAUCUAGCAUUUUCUUUUACAGGUUUAACAUUUAUGUCUAGUAAAUGGAGAAAAUAACGGGAUUGAAUGACACCAGGGUAAUAUCAAUUAAUAUGUAUAAAUCAUACGUAUGGAGAAGAGAAAUGGUCAGGCCAUGGCUGUGAGUCUGUGACACUGUCCAUCUUCUUAAUUGCUUUCUGCAUCUUUUCUUUACCGUUCCCCUCUUCAUACGCAGUCACGUCAAUAAAUGUUCAUAGUCGUUUUUUUUUCUUCUAGAUUUAGCACCGCUAGAUCAAUCUCAUAAGUCAUACUAAGUGUUUAAAACUCCUUGCCAAACAAAACUUUGCAAAGUCCACAACAGUAAAUCACUCAGGCUGAAGUCCAAGACCAAGUAGCCUACACACAACUAUAACGAUCUUCUUUAACAUUUUACCAAAAAAAAAAAAACUAUAACAAGGAUUUAGGCCAAAAAAGUCAUUCUAUAUAUGAAACGCAUGCAAUGAUUAAGAUAAAAAAAAAAUCAAAUGUCAUCUCAAGAAAAGGGCAAGACAAAAUCGGUUAAAGAGUAUCAGAAAGAAAUAACACAUCGUGAGCCGACAUAAUGAAGAUUGAAAACAUGACGGAAACUUGAAUUUUUAAGACCGGGUUUGUUUUGUCAACCAACGGAGACCCAAUAACGUUAGAAACUCAUAGGGAAUUGUGUAAACGAGAUUAAAAUAUUUUGUUACAUUUAAUUCUUGACUAUAAACACACUCGUAUAAAUGUAUUAUCGAGACAGAUAACGGAACGGUCUUAAUUACGACGCUACCUUUAUAGAAGUCCCAAAGAUUCUCUAGCGUAAGUAUCGGUCAAAGAUAUUCGUUCAUAAAUGUCCCAUUCAUUAUACCUAAGUAGGAGUAAUUAAUUUCAUAAGAAUGUGUGUUCUUGUUAAUUUUGGCACACAAGUAGCUAGGUCCCCAGCUCUUUUGCUUAAUUGGGUAAUAGAUAUAGAUACUAAUUUUUUUGGUAAAUAUACUAAUUAAUUUCAUCCGGCAUCAGUGGCGGAGCUAUGCCCAUUUUGGGUGGAGCAGUUGCCCCUUCACGAUAUUUGAAAAUUUUUCAUGUAAUUGUGUACCAUUUUUUUAUAAUGUCCCUGUUGAUAUUCAAAAUUGUACACUGAUAUUUAAAUUUUGCCUUCGAUAAAAAUAAUUUAUAGAUUCGCCACUGUCUGGUAUAGUCUAAUUUUCUUUUAUCACAGUACUAUCAAAUUUCAUCCGGUAUAGUAUAAUUUUUUUUUGUACUUUUGUAGAUAAGUUGGAAAGUUUUUUUUUUGAAUACUAAAUAUAUUAUGCUAUUACAAACUUUGAAAAAUAUUACAGACGAUUUUACAACCGAUAAUUUUACAUAUAUUAUUCACGCAUGACUGCAUCACCUGUGUCACCCUAUUAGAUAUACUAGAGCCUUCCCCGGGCUAUGCCCGGGUUAUUUCCAUAUAUUUAGUUAAAUUUAAUUUACUUUGUAAUUUGUAUCUAUAUAUAUAUUUCUAUACUUAGACUGAUUACGCUAUAUACUAUAAGAACUCACACUAUAAUUGGUAAACCUUAUUAAUAUUAGUAAUGUCCGAAUCCUUUAAUCACAUAACGUGCAUAUAUAUAUAUUAUAGAUUUGUUAAUUUAUAUGAGCCACCAAAUUUCUAAUCCCAAACCAGAAAUAAUCUAUGGUACUGUUCUUUACAUCCGUGCAUAUGCUUUUUGUUCCUGUUGUCAACGUUUUCGUUUUCUUUGCUUAGAAAAAAAAGAGGAAAGAAAGAAGUUUGGAUGAUAAUUAAUGACACGUUUUUUGCCUUUUGCUUAUAAAAUAUAGCUUUUGGUGUGGAAUAUUUAUGUUGUUCAUACUUUAUUAUGAUGAAAUUACAAUAUUUAGCUUGGUCAGUUUAUAGAAAACUAAUAUUUGUACUGUUUCUCUUUUCUGGUAUGUAUGUUUUCUCUACAGUUAGCAAUCUAAGUCACUUUUGAAAAUGCAUUGAUUUAUAAUAUGUUGUUAAAUGUUUCAUUUCUUAUGCAUAUCACCAAUUUUUAAAAUCUUUCAACAUCACAAUAUUGUAUCUGUGAGAUAGAUAAAUUAAGGUAUUUAAUUUGCAAGAAUAUUUUCUUCAAAACUUUUAAAUGAUGUUAGUUUGCCAUAUGUACGACUUGCUUAUUAUUAUUUUUUUAAGAUGCAAAGAAUAUGCGCGCUACAACAAAAAUAUUAUUUCAACUUGGCAUAACUAUCAUCAGAACUAA